AUGACACAGCCUUCUCCGGUGACAAAUAUUACCUCUACAACCACAAUACCAUCCUCCACACCCUUUUCUACCACCGAAUUUAGACCCCCAACCACAAGCAUCAUCACAAGUACAAGUUCUACUACCGUAGCCACGCCCAUGACCAUUGCCACAAACCCUGAAAAUGUCUCCGAACUGUAUUUUCAGGUUAAGGUGAACGUGUCCAUAACAGGCGGCUGUGACUCAGAACAGAUCCUUAGGUCCUGGCUCAACAAUAGCCUACCAAACAACUUGAUGACAGUGCUUGAAUUUCAGCUGGUCCCCAAAGCUCAAAGAAAUCAUCCUAAGCUGCAGUCAGAAUACCCUACCAGAGUAUUAGCAGACACAGUUUCAAGCUCUGUUACUUCCAGAAGAGAGAGCUGUAUUUUCCAGGUCCAAGUCAUGAUGCAGUCAGACAUACAUGAAAUCGAAGAGAAGAUACGAAACAUACUGCUGACACCUUAUAAUCAGGGGUCCAUCUCCAUACUCACUGAGGACAUAGAGAUAAGCCAGAUACUGUCGUUUAAGUGCAAUGCAGAAAUGCGCCAAACCCUGAAAGGCCUGUUUGUGUGGCCUGAAACUUCAGGAGGAGAAACUGCCAAUCAAACGUGCCCAAAGAACCCGGACCACCACGCCACUCGACACUGUAAAGGCAAGCUCAAUACCCAUUGGAUGGCUCCAGAGCUGGAAGACUGUGGUCCAGUGGUGGAGACCAUCCCUGACCUGUACCAUGUCAGUGUAACUGCCGAUAGUGCUCAGGAUGUGGUAGAUAUGAUUGAAGUUUUACUGAGUAACCACUCCACACUCAACUAUGAUGAACUGACGAUAGUCCUCAACAAGCUGCAGGACAUCAUUAACGUCAGUGUGGUCACACCAGAGCUGGGCCAAGCUCUUCUCAACAUUAUUUCAAACAUACUGAAAUCUGAGAGCAACCUGGUGCCUUUUACUAACAACAUCCUGAAUAUUACAGAAGCAAUGGGAGACAGGAUAGUGGGUUAUGAGGGUUCCUCCACCCUGGUCGCUCCAGCCAUCGGCAUCGCAGUGGUGGAUGUAGUUCCUGGAGAGUUUAACAGUUUAAUGAUUGGAGUGGCGUCUGAUGCUACUGGCAAAAAACCCGAGAUUUUUAUCAACAGGUAUCCCCUCAACAGCACACUGGCUUUCAUCUCCCUCCCAUCUGCCCUGCAGCACUGCUUCCCCCAACAAGCCCCAAAUCAGACCCCACCGAGAAUCCAGUUUCAGUUCUACGCCAUCGCGUCGCUCUUUAAGGGGAGACAAAUAGAUCAGACCCUCAACACUUUUGUGGUGGCAGCCAGUGUGACCAACGCCAGCUGUCCAAUCAAAGACCUGGAAGAAGAUAUUGAAGUCACACUCCAACAUCUUAUACCAAACACAGUAGGAGAGCCUUACAAGCAGGUCGAGUGUGUGUACUGGAACUUCAAUAAAAACAAUGGACAAGGAGACUGGGACAAUUAUGGAUGUCGGAAAUACAACAGCAGCCCUUACUACACAACCUGCCUGUGUGAUCAUCUCACACACUUUGGAGUUCUUCUGGAUGUCGCCAGGACUCAGUUGGACCCUGCUAAUGAGCAGAUCCUGACCAUUAUCACCUAUCUUGGUUGUGGAGUCUCGUCACUCUUCUUGGGAAUUACCGUUCUCACGUACACGGCUUUCGAAAAGCUUCGUAGAGACUACCCCUCUCAGAUUCUCAUCAACCUCUCUCUGGCCCUGCUGGGCUUGAAUCUGGUGUUUCUGGUCAACUCCUGGCUGUCCUCCUGGGGUCUGUACCCUCUCUGCGUGGCUGUGGCCUCCACCCUGCACUACUUCCUGCUUGCAUCAUUCACCUGGAUGGGAUUAGAGGCCGUUAACAUGUACUUUGCCCUUGUUAAAGUAUUCAACGCCUACGUGCCCUCUUAUAUGCUCAAGUUUUGUUUUCUGGGAUGGGGGCUUCCUCUGGUGAUUUGCAUCCUGGUGCUCAUCGUGAACAAAGAGGCCUACGGCAGUCACAUCUACACAGACACUUCUUCUUCUACCUUACAGCUGCUGGACAACUCUGAUAACUUCUGCUGGCUCCAGGACGAUGUGACAUUUUAUGUGUCUGUGGUUGCCUACGCUGUGUUCAUCUUUCUCUUCAACACCGGGGUUUUUGUGGUGGUUCUAAUCCAGAUUCGACGUAUGCGAGCCAACAGCCCGGCGGGGACCAGGAGUGGAGUCAUGCAGGACUUGAAAGGAGUUGCCAGUCUAACCUUGUUACUGGGGCUAACAUGGACUCUUGGCUUCUUUGGCUGGGGGCCAGGCAGAAUAGUUCUGCUGUAUCUGUUCUCUGGACUCAACAGCCUGCAAGGACUUUUCAUAUUCUUCUUCCACUGUUUAAUGAAGGAGAAUGUCAGGAAACAGUGGAGGAUUCACCUCUGCUUUGGCCGUUUUCGACUUGAGGAGCACUCUGAAUGGAGCAACUCUGCUUCGAUUGGAGCUCAGGCAAAGCCCAAAACAAAUCCUCCGGGAGCAAUAAGACCAUCAGUCGGCUCAACUAAGUCCUCCUCCACAGAUAGCACGUCAGCUUCCUCCAACUACAGCCAGCGAGAUUCAUCCUGCAAGAGACCAGAUCUGGGCCUUUUUAUGAAUUCGUUGGCGCUUCCUCAACCUCAGAGAAGCCCUUUGGGUCCGGGAGGUCCGCCUUCCUGCAGAGGGGUCAGCCCAACACCUGGCUGCAGGAAUCACGUGCUUCACUAGCAAGAAUAAAGAAGAGCGCAACACAUUGACUACCACUAAAGAUUUGUCUUAGUGUUUUUAGCCAUGCAACAGGAAACUGAUCAGAAAUUUUGCAAAUAUUUAUUAUUAAAUAAAUCAAUAAUGUCAACUGAUUCAAUGUUUAGCAACUACCACUAAUACAGCACUGCUUCAACCUAAUGCAGUUUUAUCGUGUUUAAUUAUUGUAGCGAUUUGUGUGUCUGCAGCAUCAAACUGUGUGAAUGACAUGUUGUGUUUUUUUUUAAUUCUGAAACUUUCCAGAGUGGACAUAUUUUACAAAAUGAAAGUUAUUCCAUGAGGAUAAGCGUAAAAAAACAACAACAAAAAGAAAAAAAACAAACAAGACCCACAGUCAAGUUUCCACAGUCCCUUUCUUAACCAGCACGAUACGGCACUUGCGGGUAACAUUUAAUGAGGCUGCCUGCUGAUGAUCUGUUACUCAGUCUAAGGACUGUGAUGCUCUUCUGCUCUUGAUCAGUUGAGUACUGGUGCCUUUUUUUCCCCCUCCUUUGUGUUGUUCUGAGAAUAAAGGCGAGCACAGCGUCGUACAAAAUCUUUAGUUAUUCGGCACUUUCCCACAUUGACUAAAUUAUUAGAACCGUAACGGAGAUAUGCUUCAGAAAAAAGUUUGUUUAUUUGAGACUAUAACCCAACCCAAAGGCUGAUACUGUACACACAUAACAAGCCAGAAAAAAAUCAAUGUUUUAACCAGCAUAACCAAUUUCUGCUGAGCAAAUUAUUUUUCUAAUGAUCGUUUUAAAUGAUAUACAUGUAGGUAACCCAGAAU